GCCUCUCUGCCUCAGCCAACCCGGGCUGUGCCGAGCUGCUCCCUGCGGGAUCAGAGCGCUCCCCCGCCGGGACCCUUCUCUCACAUCCCCCUGCUGGGACGCGGCUACAUUUCCAGCCAAGCACUGCCUGCCUUGGCUUUAUUAUGUGUGUCUGCGCCGCAGCCCCGCCAGCAGAGGCAGGCAGAGGAGGAGGAGGGAGGCUGGUAGCCAGAGUCAGGACAAAGAAAAAGCAGGGAGACAGAGGCUAGCGCAGGGUUAGGCUGCUGUUUAUUAGUGCCGCUGUAGGAAAUAUUAACAAACAGAAAACGUGGGUUGUAAAAGCAGCUUUCCCCUCUGGGUGGAGAAACAGGGAGAAGGAGCGCACUGUCCACAGAUCCACACCACCUAGAGUAGAAUUAAGGGACGGAACGCAGGAGGCUGUCCGGUUCGUCUCUUGGAGGGGGGUUAAAGAGAACCAGAGCAGGUUGAAACAGUAAACUAAAGGAGCUCAGAGGAAGAGGAGAGGAGCGCGCGUCAUUCGAGAGCCAAUUAUUUUAGAAAAUCCCCCCAAAAAAGAACAAAACAACAACAACCCCACUCUCUGCGCGGACUGUGGCUGUCACUUCUCUCUACCACAGCGCGUGGAGGUCCUGCCCAGGUGUUUGAUUUGCCGCGCGCGUGGGUGGCAGCUCGCGCACAGGUCCGUCCGCGAGCGCUGGAAGAGAUUGGAGAAGGCGGAACGCGUGCCGCGCGACAGCGGAGAAACAGCCGAAACAAACCCAAAAAGGCUGUCUGAGUCGCGGCGAAUAAGGAAGUUGUGUCCGCUUAUCCUACAGGUUGCGCCAACCUUUUUUUAUUUUUAUUUAAUUCCUUCCUUUGAAGGAGGAAACAGCAGCAUCUGCCUGCCGUCCGUUCGCGGUGCGUCGAGCUGCUACUGGCCGGACUGACGCCGGAGAGCGACGCUGCCGCAUUGCAACAGGCGGAGAGGAGGUGGAGGUGAAGAAGAGGAGCGGACAGCCCGGCUGCUCCGACGCCUGCAUGGGAAGCUGAAACACGAAGCGGAACGAGAGCAGUUAGAGAAAAGCAAGGUUUCAGAGAGCAGAGCGGAGAUGUCCAGACGGAAACAGGCCAAGCCGCGUUCAGUUAAAGCGGUGGAAGAAGGAGAACCCUCAGAGGGAGGAGGGACUUGGGAUGAAUCUGCCGUCCAGACAGACGUUCCUGCGCCUAACAGAGAGCUGGAGCUAAAAGAAGGCCAGGGGGGCGAAGAUGGGGAGCAGGAGGAGCGCGACGAUGACGACCUGGAUGAUGAGUCCAUCUUCACCUGCGAUAACUGUCAGCAGGACUUCGACUGCCUGGCAGAGCUCACCGAGCACAGAACCAACCACUGCCCAGCCGGAGGAAGAAGAGGUCUAAAUGUCUCCUUACCAAAGAGGGCGUCACCUCAAGAGCCCGAUGGUGAUGAUGACCCUGCAGGCCUGUCCUGGGUGCCCUCCUCACCCUCUAGCAAGGACGUGGCGUCGCCUUCCCAGAUGCCCGACGGCUGCUGCGACCUCGGCACGGCCACUGGAGGCGAGGAGGAGGGAGGCGCCGGCUUGCCGUACCCCUGCCAGUUCUGUGACAAAUCCUUCAGUCGCCUGAGCUACUUGAAGCGACACGAGCAGAUCCACAGCGACAAGCUGCCGUUCAAGUGCACCUUCUGCAGCCGCCUGUUCAAACACAAGAGGAGUAGAGAUCGCCACGUGAAACUCCAUACAGGACUUAUUCGACCAGGAUUUUCAUCUUUAAUUGUAUCGCCUGCAGGAGAUAAGAAGUAUAGCUGCCAGGAAUGUGAAGCUGCAUUUUCUCGCUCUGAUCAUCUUAAGAUCCACCUGAAAACACACAGCUCCAGCAAACCAUUUAAAUGCUCAGUUUGCAAACGUGGCUUCUCCUCCACCUCAUCGCUGCAGAGCCACAUGCAGGCUCACCGUAAGAACAGAGAGCAUCUCGCACUAAGAAGUGAGAAGGAUGGAGGGAAGAAGGGAACGGGAGGAGACGUUGAACUGGAGCAGGAUCUGUACAUGUGUGAUUACUGUGAGGAAACGUUCAGCCAGACGGAUGAGCUGGAAAAACACGUCCUGACUCGACACCCACAGCUGUCUGACCGAGCAGACCUGCAGUGCAUCCACUGUCCAGAGAUCUUUCUGGAUGAGGCGUCGCUGCUCACUCAUAUUGAAACACAGCACGCCAACCGGAAACACAAAUGUCCUGUCUGCUCUGAGCAGUUCCCGUCUGUGGAGGACGUAUACUGCCACCUGGACAGUCACCGCCAGCCCGACUCCUCUAACCACAGCGCCGCCAGUCCAGAUCCUCCCCUCGGGAGCGUAGCCUCCAUGAGCUCGGCCACACCAGACUCCAGCGCCAGUCUGGAGAGAGGCUCCACCCCCGACUCCACCCUUAAACACAGUCAGAGUGGAGAACGCAGCCUUAGGAGAGGCGUCGAUUCUGGGGAAGACGGGGGCAUUAGCCUGGUCCACCAAGGCUCAGGAGGAAGUUGGACUAAAGUGACAUAUUCCUGCCCUUACUGCUCAAAGAGAGACUUCCACAGCCUGGCCGUGUUGGAGAUCCAUCUUAAGACCAUCCAUGCAGACAAACCGCAGCAGAGCCACACCUGCCAGCUCUGCUUGGAAACUCUUCCGACGCUCUACAACCUCAACGAGCAUGUGCGAAAGGCCCACCGUGCCAGUGGAGGGAGCGUGGGCUCAACAGCGGCAGCAGCAGCUUUCCCUCUGCUUCAGUUCACAAAUGUCACUGCGUUUCACUGCAAUUACUGUCCGGACAUGUUCGGAGACAUCAACUCCCUGCAGGAGCACAUCCGAGUGUCCCACUGCCUGCCGGGUGGCAUCGUGGCGGGAUCCACCACUCUAGAGGGGAACCAUGCCUUCUUCUGCAACCAGUGCUCCAUGGGAUUCCUCACAGAGUCCUCCUUGACGGAGCACAUUCAGCAAACGCACUGCGCCUCAGCUACGGGCGGCGGGGCGGCGUCUGGAGGAGCUGUGGCCAAACUGGAAUCCCCCGUUCUCCAGGCUGCGUCUCAGUCUUUCAUGGAGGUUUAUUCCUGCCCUUACUGCACCAAUUCUCCCAUCUUUGGCUCACUCCUCAAGCUCACGAAGCACAUCAAGGAGAACCACAAAAACAUCCCUCUGGCGAACAACAAACGGCAGGCGAAGGUUGCUGACCUCAGCCCAGCCUCCUCCGACGUGGAAAUCUCAUCUCCCAAACGCCACAGACUGGGAGGCGAUUCCACUCCCUCCAUGGGAAGCAACGGGGAUUAUCCGUGCAAUCAGUGCGACCUCCGAUUCGCUAGCUUCGAAGGUUUCCAGGCUCAUCUGAAGUCUCACCUGGAGAUGCUGCUGAGACGCCAGUCCUGCCCGCAGUGCAACAAGGAAGACUUUGAGACACAGGAGGCACUGCUCCAGCACCUCACAGUGCAUUACACCACCACGUCUACGCAGUACGUGUGCGAGAGCUGCGACAAGCAGUUCUCCUCCGUGGACGACCUCCAGAAACACUUGCUGGACAUGCACACGUUCGUCCUGUACCACUGCACCCUCUGUCAGGAAGUCUUCGACUCCAAGGUCUCCAUACAGGUGCAUUUGGCUGUGAAACACAGCAACGAGAAGAAGCUGUUUCGCUGCACCGCCUGUACAUGGGACUUCAGGAAGGAGGCCGAUCUUCAGCUCCAUGUCAAGCAUAACCACCUGGGCCAGAGGUCAGGCCUUCCAGGAGGACUAGCAGGACUGAAACCACGAAAGUGCAUCUUCUGCGGGGAGACGUUCGGGACUGAGGUGGAGCUCCAGUGCCACAUCACCACCCACAGCAAGAAGUUCACCUGUCGCUUCUGCGGCAAAGCUUUCCACGCCAUCUCGCUGCUGGAGCGACACCUGCGGGAGAAGCACUGCAUCUUCGAUGGCAGCAAUGUCACCGGGAACGGAGGAGGAACGGGGAGCAGCGGGAGUCAGAACGGAACGCCCAAUGGCCUGGCUCAGAGCGUCAAGCGGGGAGGAGCAGGAAGUGGGGUUGCAGGAGGAGCAGAAAGAGCAACAGUGGCAGCUGCUGAACAAGCCGACCUGCAGAACAUCCUGCUGAAGAGCGCCGUCACUGGAGGAGGGGGGUCGUCGCAGGCAGGCGACACAGCCAACAGUCACGAGGCCAGCGGUGGAGAGGAGGAGCUGGACAAUUCGGAGCCCAUGUACGCUUGCGACAUCUGCGGAGCGGCCUACACAAUGGAGUCGCUGCUGCAGAACCACCGCCUGCGCGACCACAACAUCCGGCCGGGCGAAGAUGAUGCAGGUUCCAGGAAGAAGAAGGCAGAUUUCAUCAAAGGGAACCACAAGUGCAACGUGUGCUCCAGGACGUUCUUCUCUGAGAGUGGGCUGCGUGAGCACGCUCAGACGCAUCGCGGACCUGCCAAGCACUACAUGUGCCCCAUAUGUGGAGAACGUUUCCCAUCUCUAUUGACUCUCACAGAGCACAAGGUGACCCACAGUAAAAGCCUGGACACGGGGACCUGUCGGAUCUGUAAGAUGCCACUCCAGAGUGAGGAGGAGUUCAUAGAGCACUGCCAGAUGCAUCCCGACCUCCGCAACUCGCUCACUGGCUUCCGCUGCGUCGUCUGCAUGCAGACCGUGACCUCAACGCUGGAGUUGAAGAUCCACGGUACCUUUCACAUGCAGAAGCUCUCCUCCGGCUCGGUGCUGGGAGGCGCCGGAGGCGGCAACAGUGGAGCGGGCACAGGGAACGGUUCAGCCUCUUCUUCCCCGAACGGACAGCUGCAGACGCACAAGCUCUACAAAUGUGCCUUCUGCUUGAAGGAGUUCAAAAACAAAGGGGAUCUGGUGAAGCUGGACGUCAACGGGCUGCCAUACGGCCUCUGCGCUAGCUGCAUGAGCCGGGGAACAAAUGGCCAGAGUCCCAAUGUGGUUGGAGGAGCAGUGACGCCUGGAGAUACUCAGGCAGAUAAGGCUCUGACAGGGCUGAGGUGUCCCGAAUGUGGUGUGAAGUUUGAAAGCGUUGAAGACUUGGAGAGCCACGUCCAAACAGAUCACCCUGAGGUCAGCCCUGAAACCAGCGCUGCAGGAAAGAAGGCUGAGGCUUCACCUGCACCCAAGAAAAAGACCUACCAGUGUAUUAAAUGCCAAAUGACGUUUGAGACGGAAAGAGAGAUCCAGAUUCAUGUGGCUAAUCAUAUGAUCGACGAGCCCACCUGUCAGCAAGAGGAGGGCAUCAAUCACGAGUGCAAGCUGUGUAACCAGAUGUUCGACUCACCUGCCAAGCUGCUCUGCCACCUGAUAGAGCACAGCUUCGAAGGCAUGGGAGGAACCUUCAAGUGCCCCGUCUGUUUUACAGUGUUUGUGCAGGCCAACAAGCUGCAGCAGCACAUCUUUGCCGUGCAUGGUCAGGAGGACAAGAUCUAUGACUGUUCCCAGUGUCCACAGAAGUUCUUCUUCCAGACAGAGCUCCAGAACCACACACUGAGCCAGCACGCGCAGUGAGACCGGGGCCCAGUGGGAUCCCUCAGCUCAGCCGCGCCCCCGACCCGGAGCCGGCAGGGGACCCACAUCUCCACAUCACAGCCAAUCAAAGUGUCAUUUGCUACUCACAUGUAAAAGUGUAACGAUCGCGCGACUGGGCGCGGCCAUUAGGAGCAGCGGGGGGACGGAAUAUUAAUGGGAAAUGCUAUUAAAUAAAGAAAAGGGGAAAGUGGGAGAGGAAAACUGUAAGAGCGACGUGAUGGGAGGAGAAGGGUGAACAAAGGUAUUGUACGUGCAGUAUUUUUUAUUGUCCCUUCCAAAACCCCCUCCUCCCACCAGCCACCAUCUGACUCAUGCUUUUUAUUUUAUUUUCCAACAAACUGAAUAAAAAACAAUUUUUUUUAUUAUACUUUUGGUAGAUUGUAGGAAAAGCAUCGCUAUGUUGUCCCCUCAGUUGCUUCUUGUGUUCAUAAGUCCUAUUUUUUUUUUAGCUUUUUGCCUUUAUUUUCAGUAUUUUAUUUUUUGCAGUUAGUAGGUACUCGUGCUGUGUUGUGAUUGCCAGUCAUAAAAUUCCUGACCCCGCCCACAAGCAAACUUUCCUUUUUAUGAUUGUUAUAUAUUUUCUUCCUUUUUGUAAUUACUAUUAAAAAAUUCAUGAAAACAAAAAUAAAGUGCAGGAAAAAAACGUACAGAUCUUUUCUUUCUUUUUCUGCUCUUUUUUUUUAUUUGGGAUUUCCAGACAUGGGGCCUGUAAUGGUUACUGUAAAAAUAAUUAUCAAUGAUUUCAGUGCGUCUGGUCGAAGACCAGUUUUUAAAUGUGAAUUAACCAGAUUGCAAUAAUCUAGUACAGAAAAAAAAAACAAGAAAACAAAUAAAAGAGAAAUAAAGAA